ACACACACACAGGUGAGGAGACAAGCCACAGGAAUGCUGCUAACACGAGAUCGGCUACCGCCGCUUCAGAGAACAGGGUUUUUGGCUGAGACUGAUAAUCAAAGGGAAUUGGCCAGGUGUGCCCUGGCGGGUGCAUACACCUAUCACAGGAGGCGAGCUAGAGCCCAUGAGCCUGAACCUCACUCAACAACAUCCCGUUGCGGUCUGGUAGGCGGCUGUCCUCUCCCACCUAACUUUUGUCACCUUUUCAGGGUCAUAUUUUGAACUCUGGUUUUGCGCGCUCAUGGACAAUUAUCAAUAACUCAUGAACUCUCUGGUUGAACCUAUGGACAAUUAACCCACACUGCAUUGUGGGGGAAAACCACCAACUUUUGUGUACCUUGAAUUGUGUUUGGGACAUUUUUUGUAUACUGUGCUGUUAACUUGUUGGAGUGUGACUGUUAUUGGUGUAGGAAAAAAUAGUUGAAGUGUACUUCUUCAUAGAGUGUUUACUAUCUGAAACAACAUUGUUAUCUGCAGAUAAUAAAUAUUGUAAAUAUAUUUUUCCACAUUGUUUUUCUCACAAACAAAAUAAUAAGGCACUUAAACCAAAAUUUCUGCCUCAAGUGUCCUUACUGUACCUCUACCUCCCAGAGCCGAAUCAGAAUCUUCUGAACUAGUCCAAAAUCCUGUUACAUCUUUUUAUAAUUUUUAUGUACACAAUUCAUACAUGCUACAUGUGCAACACAUAGCAAAAGAGAUGCAGAAAAAAAUUGUUGACAAUAUUGUGUUGUCGUCAAGCAAAUUGUCUGUUCUCAUUGAUGAGGCUACAUUUCUCAGCCACAAAUCUGUCAUGAUUGUCUAUGUGAAAGCCUCUAUAGAUGGAGCUACUCCUGAAGUUUUGUUUCUGGAUUUAGUUGAGCUGGAAAGCCAGAGAGCAGCAGGUAUACAGAGGAAGCUCUGUUAAACUGUUUGAAAACUGCAGGCUUCAGUGAAGAAUGGCUUUAAAAGAAUUGGGUCUCAUUUGUUUCUGAUGGUACCAAUGUCAUGCAAGGCAAGAACACUGGUGUGGCAACCAGGCUGACUGCAAGAUACCCAAACCUUUUCACAUGGCACUGCAUGAACCACCGUGUGGAACUGGCUGUAUCUGAUGCUGUCAGUGAGGUUCAAACAGUCAACCACUUCAAGGUAUUCAUGGAAAAGAUCCACAAUCUCUACAGUCAGUCUAAUAAGAGUGCACGGGAUCUUCUGGAGGCAGCACAAGAAGUGAGUUCACAAGUCCUGAGUAUUGGCAGAGUUUUAAGUACAGGGUGGGUGGCCAUCAGCUUCCGUUCUGUAAAGGCUGUGUGGAGGUCAUAUGAGGCACUGAACAGACACUUUGAAAAUGCUGCAGGAGACCAAACAAGAAACACCAAAGAGAGGCAAACUUACAGAGGCCUGGCACAUUGUUUGCAAAGCCAGGAAUUUCUGCAUGACCUCGGACUUAUGUAUGAUGUACUGUCUGAACUCUCAAACCUGUCUCAGCAACUCCAGGCCCAUUCAGUCACACUUUUAAAAGCAGACGAGUUUCUGAGGCGCACCAUCCGAGGUCUGGUAUCAUUCAAAAACUCUCCAGGUGAGAAAUCUGAAGAGGCUUUGCAAGCACAGGCUUCAGGACAUUUUGGAACAGUUUCCCUGCAUUCAAAUGCAAAGUUCUCACCAAUCAAUGCAAAGCAAUUCCUCCAAAGUCUGAUCAACAACAUGGAGAAACGCCUCUCAUUUGAAGGUGAAAUGCUUCGUGAUCUCAGCGUUCUGGACACCAGCACCUGGCCAUUAAGUCCUGGCAUUCGGCAUGGUGAGUUACAAGUGAAACGAGUGUCCAAGCGGUUUGGUCUGUGUGAAGAGCAAACUGUUCAUGGUAUGAGGGAAUUCCUUGAACACCCAGACAAAAAGCCUGGAAGCCUAAUUCCACUCAUACGAUGCAUGCAGACCAUCCCCUGCAGCACUGCUGAAUGUGAAAGGGGUUUCAGUCUGAACAAUAUAUGCACAGACACAAGAUCUACAUAGUUGUUGUCCAAUGUAGGUAGUUUAAUGAUAAGCAUCAAUGGGCCCCCUUUAAGCCUUUUUGAGCCAAGGCAGUAUGUUACAACUUGGCUGACAAGCCAUCGCUCUGCCACACAGGCAAAGGGAAAAUGCACAGCAAAGAACUUUGAGUACAAACACAUUUGGAAGGCUUGGUAGCCUACGGGCUACUUAACCUACCCUAAGACUAAGAGGACUAUGAGAAGACACUUGACCAGGUGGCACAAGACCUGGGUCAUAUCUAAGAGUUCCAUUCUUUUUUCCAAGGCUUUUGUGCGAAGAACACACAGUAAUCCCAGUAAUCAUAUGAUGAUGUUAAAGGAAUGUAAAUAGUUUUGAAAUCAUUACUUUAAAAUGUAUUGAAAGUUGAGUUGAGGUGUGAAUCAUUGAUGUAAUCUGUGCAUGACUUUACAUUUUUCUGAGACAAAGUUGGUUGAGAGUUGUUUAGUGCUUUUUCAAGUUUCAGAGUUUUAUUUGCAUGUUUGCACCAUUUUUUGCACUUGAUUGCUGAAACUUUAUUUGUAUAAAGUAUAUUUGUAUAUGCACAGCAAAGAACCUCAAGUACAAACAUAUUUGAGUUGAGGUGUGAAUCACUGAUGUAAUUUGUACAUGAUUGUUUACAUUUUUCUGAGACAAAUGAUACAAAGUUGGUUGAGGGUUGACAGUUUAGUGCCUUUUCAAGUUUCAGAGUUUUAUUUGCGUGUUUGCACCAUUUUUUGCACUUGAUUGCUGAAACUUUAUUUCUGUAAGUAUAUAUUUAUUUUUCUUUAUUUUAAAUUAUUUGUCUUGUCACUAGUUGUUCAAUGGUUAAUUAAAGUCUAGCUGUUUA